AUGGGACGAAAGCCCACUCCGCAGCCACUCAUGCUGCCAGACUCGACCUCGACCAGCGCCGGCCUCAACCGCGACAGACUCAACACGGCCGACCCAAACGCCGCCGCCUACGCACAGAGCCUGUCCUCGACCAACGCUAUUUCUCCCCUUGAUCAGCCGCCGCCCUCUCUUCCGCCCAAUCGGCCCUCCACCGCACGCGAGCCACUUCCGCCCUCUCACCAGUAUCGCGACGACCAUCCCCUCCCGCACUCGUCUCACACAACUCUCGACUCCUUCUCCCGCCCGGCCCAGCUGUCCUCCCGCCAACCACAGCACCAGACAGACGGCAGGAAGACAUCCAAGAGCGGCUUCUUUCACUUCAGCAAAGGGUCUCGGGUCGCCACCCAGCCGCUGCCUGCAACCCAACCCUUUCCCGACAAACCACACCACGAUCACGCCGCCGCAACCACCAUCGACCAGCUUGCGACGAAUCAAACCGGUGGCUCAGUCUACGGACACGACGAAUUUCAACGUCCAAAUCUACCCUUCUCUUCACAGUCGCAAAUCUCACUUUCUUCUGCCGGUGAUACCGACAGCGCCACAACCGCUAGCAGCAAGCCGCGCAAAGGAAAACCCUUUGGCCUCUUGGGACGCUCCAAGUCGAAUCGCGACAAGGACCGAUCCAGUCCCAGGCCUUCCCCUGCCACCCUUCCGAAUACUCCCAGUAUUUCCAUCGCGUCCGACGAUUUUGCUCCUUUGAGGACCGCACCGGUAGCCCAGGAUCGCGCUUUUCGGGAAAUGAUGAAUUCGAGCAUCCGAAACCGUUCCGAGGACCGUGCCCUCGCUAGAAACGGCAACGCCAGUCGCGAAAACCUUCGAGACCGAGACCGCGACAACAACCACAAGAUGCCACCCUCUUACAAGGAAAACGGGGGCUCGACAUUUCUGAGCGGCUUACGUGGCUCCCGCGCCGCUGACAUCCUUAGUAAAGGCUUGUUCGGCAAGAGCACAAGGAGCGGCAGCACAACAGAAAGAGAACCCGUCGUUGAUGACGAGCAUUAUGUGCUAAAAGUCCUCAACCUUCCUUUGAUUGAGCAGACACGUCUCACCCGCAUCUCAAAGCGCCUUGAGCACUCACGCGACAAGACAGAAUUUUGGAUGCCUGCCUUUCCCUGGCGCGCCAUUGACUACCUGAAUUACAAAGGUUGCGAUGUGGAAGGGUUGUAUCGUGUGCCUGGCAGUGGCCCACAGAUAAAAAAAUGGCAGCGUCGUUUCGAUGAGCAACAUGACGUCAACCUGUUCGAGGUUGACAAUUUAUACGACAUCAACAUUGUCGGCUCGAUGCUCAAAGCAUGGCUACGAGAGCUCCCAGAUGAGCUGUUCCCCAAGGAAUCGCAGGAUCGCAUUGCAAGGGAAUGCGCUGGCUCGGAAGAGGUCCCGCAGCUGCUCAUUGACGAACUCGCCAAUUUGUCCCCCUUCAACUACUAUCUUCUCUUCGCCAUCACUUGCCAUCUCAGCCUUUUGCUUGCCCAUUCUGAUAAGAACAAGAUGGACUUCCGCAACUUGUGCAUCUGCUUCCAGCCCUGCAUGAAGAUUGACGCCUUCUGCUUCAGAUUUCUGGUCUGCGACUGGAGAAACUGCUGGAAGGGGUGUAAGAACGAGGCUAAAUAUAUCGAAGAAGAAUACAAGCGGUUUGACCAACCCCCGCCCAGAGGUCUCGCUGAGCCUGCGCAACUGACGAGCCAUACCGAGGUGCGCAACCCGUCCCCGUCCGGUAGCAACCAGGAUGGUAAAGAAGAGUUCCACGAUGCUCCUACUACUAUUGGGCGUCCCAACGAGCCCGACUCGAUUAGGGUAGCAACGGACAGCCAUGAAACACGGCCAAAGACGGCCGACAUGCGGCCUCUGUCACCGAUCAAGCCGCUGUCCCCCUUGGGAUUCUGA